AUGCUUUAGUCUUUUUUAAAUUGCUUCAAAAAGUAACCGAAGUUUAGGAUGAAUCGCGAUUAUGAGAAGGACAUCUUAUCUUCAGUUUAGGACAUUUUGCCAUAGUCCUUUCAGAAACAUUAGUUUAACAAGUAAAGUAUGCAUCAAAUAGAAAGCCAUAAUAAGGAAUUUUAGGCAACAAAUGAUUUAAAUAGGUUGAAUUAAGAGUAAGGGAUUUUUUCACCAAAUCCAUCGUAAGCAAACAUUCGUUUACACUUUUUAGAAAAUGUUGAUGAACAGUUUUAAAAAAAUGAGAAUCCUUAUUAUUGCUAAUUUUCUUUGGAUUAUUUUGGAAUGAAUAAUAAAUUUCGGCAAUAUUGCAUUUUAAUAAAUGAAUCUCGAGUUUAUCAAUAUUCUGUGUACAUAUUCGUAUUAUUUCCAAACUAUUUAGACAACAUUUUGUAUAGUGAUUUUGAUGAUCAAACCUUACAAUGAUCAAAAGAGUGGAUUUGGGUUCAGUUUAAAUGACGAUUAGAUACUGGGGGUAAUAGUCACAGCAGAUGUGAUAUUUUCUGCUCAUCACCUAAUAUCGAUAGUUUCAUAUGGGUAUUUAGAAUAACUAUGUAGGUUAUGGAGUUGUAAAUACGGAUACUACAGAAACCCAAUAGCAUUCAUAAAUGGAAUAGCAUUGUUCUUCGCGUUAAUUUUGAGACAAUCUUACUUUUAUACGUUGAGAAUCCUAUUUUUGCUUGAGUUUUUUAUGCACUACAAAAUUUUAAGAAUAGUCCGAAAAUUUUGUUUGACGGUAGAACAUUCAUUUAUCUCUAUUGUUUACAUCACCAUAAUAAUUUGUUUCUUCUUUUACGUGUUUGCUGUGGUAGGAUUACAAAUUUGGACUGGGAUUAUAGGAAAUUAAUGCAUCAACAAAAAUAAUGAGGUUGAUUUUUAUCCGACGCGAUUUUGUGGUUUGGGAAGAUCUUGUUCAGAUGGAUAUGAAUGUUAGCAGGCUCAAUUUGAGUAACCAUUCAUUUAGUAUUCCCAUAAUUUCACUAAAUUUGAUUAUAUUCAAGAAUCAAUGGCUAGUAUGUUCAUAGUCCAUUACAUUGAAGGAUGGGUGGAAAUUGAAUAGAGUUUGGCUGACUCAUUCAAUAAAUAUGUGAGUACAGGGUAUCUGUGGACUUAUAUUUUUAUUUCUUCAUUCUUUUUAUAAAAUUUGGUGGUUGCCAUAUUCCUGAAGUAAUCUCAACAAGAAGUUCAUUUGGAUGAACCAGCUUAAACAGUGCUAUUUUUAAAUAGUCACACUAAAAUAUAAUUAACGAAUGAAAAAAGAAAGACUGUGUUUUAGAGUCCCAAUUAUCUCAGUAGAAGUAAACAAAGAGUUAUGACUAUGCUUAUGAAUUCAACUAAACGAACUAGUGAUUAAAAAAAGAUUAGAGUCAUAAUCAAAUCUAUUUUGUCUUCAAAAAUAACACAAUAUUUUUACAGUCUGUUAUUUCUGGCUAAUCUUGUUGUUUUGUCUCUAAAUGAUGAAUCAGCAUAUAAAAACAAAUUGGAAGGAACAUUAGCUAAAAUAAAUGUGGUGUUUUUGGUAAUUUAUUUAAUAGAAGACAUAGCAAGAAUCUAUAUUUGGAAAUAAAAGGAAAGCAAAAUAAUUGUGUUAUUAGAGUUUAUUUGUGAUUUUGUUGGUUUGGUAGUCCAAGUCAAUUAAUUGGAACAUCCCUUCAUCUUAAAUACAAUCAAAGGAAUACGAUUACUCUGGGUCUUCAAUUACUAAACUAGUUGGUCUAAUUAUCGAGUGUUAUUGUCAGCCUUAUGGAAGUCUUUCAACAACAUCCCCAUUAUGAUUUUGAUACUCUUUAUUUACGGUCUCGUGAUUGGCUUAAUGGGUAGAAACUUUUUUGCUGGGAAAUUAAGAUUCAACGAUUUAGGAUUCUAUGAUUUGAAUGGUUCCUAUAUUCCAAGGGCUAAUUUCGACAGCAUGAGAGAGACAAUUACUACAUUGUUUAUAAUCAUAUCUUCGGAUUAAUGGUAAACUAUAUUUUAUACGACAUUGGAAACUGGAUCUUGGAUUCCGUAUAUCUUUUUCAUUUGUGUCUAGUUUAUUUGUAAAUUUUUUAUACUUCCCUCUUUUUUGACUUUGAUGCUCGAUAAUUAUGAAGAUGCUAAAAACGAAGCUGAUAUUUCAAAAGCUAGGGCUACUAAAGUUAUUUCGACGAUGCAAAACAAAUCUAGAAUAGUACCAACAAAGGAGACCUCAUUGUUACAAGUCAGCAAUUCGUAAUCUGAAAAGAAGCGCUUCUUUGGAAGAUUGUCUAAGGUCUCUGAUGACAGUGAGAAAGAGGAGAGUCAUUCUAAAUAACACCCAGCCUUGAAAAGACAAUAAUCGAAAUAUUAGUAGGUGCAAAUUUUCAAAAGCAGUGAUGAUUUCUAAAUAAUGUCUCUUUAUUAAUCAAAUUGGAAAGAGUUCUUUGGUAAUUCAUCCCUUUUUAUCCUGCACAAUCGAUCUAACUUAAGGAAGAGAUUACACAUUCUCAUUCAAUCUAAAUAUUAUGAUUGGGCAAUGAGUUUCAUCAUUUUGUCUAAUUUAAUACUCUUAGGGUAUGAUGCACCUCUCAGAAAGGAGAACUUAGUUAUUGAUGUAUUCAACUAUGCUUUUACUGGCAUUUUCAUUUUGGAUGCAUUAAUCAAAAUCUUAGCCCAAGGGUUCUAUUGGAAUAAGUCGGAACCUCAAAAAUCCUACAUCAUGAACAAUAACAAUUAAUUAGAUUUCAUUGUCCUCAUUAUUAGUUCUCUUGAUGAUCUCAAUAUUUACAAGAGCUAAUACCUCAAAGCCUUCAGAGCUCUAAGAACACUAAGGAUUAUGAUCACAUUACGGGUAAUUAAUUUCGAUAUAUGUAGAGAGGAUCGCAAAAUGAGUAACUUAAUCUAAUAUCCAGAUCCUUACUAUAAACUAUCUCAUUACUUUCAUCAAUGAUAUUUGUAACUGGCAUAAGUCUGUGGAUUCUGAGUAUCAUAUGCAUGACAAUAUGGAAGGGCAAACUCUAUUUCUGCUCUUAAGUAUCGUUGAAAGACUUUAAAGAGAUUGUCAACGUAGAGGAUUGUCUAGCCAAAGGAGGCUAAUGGAUAAAUAAUAUAACCAAUUAUGAUACAAUCCAAGAUUCCCUACUUUGUUUAUUCAGAUUAAUCAUUGGAGAGGGUUGGACCUAAUAAAUGUUUAGUGUAUCUGACAUCACCAAUAGAGGACUCAAUCCCAAAAUUAAUUCAUCAUCCUAAUACCAAUUCUUCUUUUAUGUGUUGAUCUUUUCAUUGAAUAUCGUAUUGCUCAAUCUAAUCACUGGCUUGAUCAUCAACAAUUACAGAACUAUCAAGGAGAACAUUGCCAACUUUUAAUAAUUAAAUGAAUUUCAAAGACAAUGGAUAUAAAUGAUGUAGAUAAUGCAAAAGAAGAAACUUAUUUAUCUCAUACCCAAACCUUCAUCCAAAUACAGACUAAUUUGUUAUCAUUUGGCUAGCAACCAAUAUUUCGAGGCUGUCAUCCUAAUUUUACUAGUGGUCAAUCUAAUUUUGUAAUUAUUCCUCUCAUAUCUAGUUGUUCAUCCUAUAGUGGCAAGUAGAAUACCACCACUUAAGAGGCAUUAUAUGGAAUGAGUAUUUUCUUCAUAGUAAUUUUCCAUGUUGAGUUGUUCAUCAAACUACUAGCAUACUGGGUUCAUUUCUUCAGAGAUAUUCUCAAUAAAUUUGACAUAAUCAUAUUGAUCGUGACAGAUGUGCUAUUGAUAAUGAAGGACAAUUUUGAUUUACCUAGACUUUACACGAUUCCACUCAUUAUAAGAUCCCUGAGAAUCAUACGAGCCAAUAAAUUAUUUAGGUUCAAUAAAUAAUUGAGAGUUCUCAUUGAUGUGAUCUAAGAUCUGAUACCUACCCUAUUAAGUGUCAUAGUCUUCAUUGCAAUCACCAUAAUCAUAUACUCGCUUAUAGGAGUCCAGACCUUUUCAACAGUAUGGAGCACGUCCUCAGAUCCUCAGUAUCCCUAUACGAUGGAGGAAAGCUAAAGAACGAAAUCCUUUUCCAAUUUCCUAGAUGGAGUAUUAAUUUUAAUAGACAUUUCAACUGGCUAAUAUUGGUCAUUGUAUAUGGCUGAUUAUACCAUUGAUACCAAAGGAUGUCAUGCAUAAACUCCUGAGUAAUUUGAAUCGGAAGGUGCUCGGGGUUGUAGUACAAUCUUUGGUUAUUUUUUCUUUAUUAGCUUUCUGGUUUUGAUUCGCAUCAUCAUGACUUCGUUGUUCUUAGCCAUGAUCAUUGAAUCAUAUCAAGAAUGCCAAUUAGAAAAUACAGCUGCCAUAAAUCCGUAUUAAUUGGAGGACUUUUUAGUUAAGUGGUCCGACUAUGAUCCUCAAGGUACAGGUUGGAUAACCCCAGAAGAUUUUGCAUUUUUGAUGUUCGAAAUAAAUCCACCUCUGGGGUUUAAAGAUGAAAAUUCUCAAUAUUACGACUUUGCUGCUGCAAGUAAAAUAGAAAACAAUAUUUAGAAAAUCAAAAAUUGAAGUCCCAUUUCUAUAAUCAUAAGAAAAAGAUGAGAUUAUUUAAAACUGAGAUCUUUCAAAAAUUAAGUGAUUAUCAAGUGUAAAUCUAUCAAAAUAAAAUGGUUCAUUUCAAAGAUAUAUGUAUCCAGUUGGCUUACAAUGCAAUCAAAAAGAAGAAUGAACUCAAAGGUAUCGAAUAGAUUGAAGACAAAAUCAUUCUCCGCUAAAUACGAAAGUCAUGGGAGUCCAGAUAUCCUGAUCUGGUUGGAAUGAAAACUUAACAGUUUGUAGUAGACAUCUUUGCUUUCAAUUCCAUCACUGACAUUUUGAGAGGGUAUUAAUGAUAUUAAUUUAGAGUUAUUGAGAGGAGGAAGAUCAAGAAAAGAAUCAAAGAAAUGCAAAAGGAGAAAAACUUAAAGCAAUUAGAAAUUAAUGAGAAUGCUUACAUCACUACCAAAACACUACUUGAGAGAAAUAAAGGCAGACGAAGGAGUUAAAUAAGAAAAAAGGUGUAUAACUUUUAAUAAACCAAUACCUAAAGAAGGAGUGAAAUCAAUGUUGAGCUUGAUCAAGCCAUCCAUUAGCCAAAGAGAAACAUGCAUCAAAAUUACUAGAAAUAAUAACAAAAUAAGGAUGACAAAAAUUCCUUGACCAGUCUCAACUUUUAUAUUGAUCCUGAUGAAAUGUGCAAUGGAUUUCCUAUGAAAGUAGUACAUGAAACUCAAAAAAUCGAUUUUCCUGCCAUCAAGUCUGAUAAGAGUUUAGGAACUCUCUAGUUGACUCAAAGUGAAAAACAAGUCAAGAAACUAGGGGGGUACAUUUCGGAAAAAUGCUCUGAUGAAGAAAAUCAAUAAGAUAGUGUAAUAUAAAAUUUCAAGAGAGAUGAUAUGUUUGAAUGA